AUGAGCAUGCCAGACGACAAGAUACUCCCUCAUGCCACCGGCGAGGCUGCGAAGACAGUGGAGAAGCACAAGGAGCCGCAAGACCUUGUUUUCUACGCCGGAUGGUUCUGCCCUUUCGUCCAGCGCGGUUGGAUCACACUCGAAGAGCGCGGUAUACCAUACGAAUACAAGGAGGUGAACCCAUACAAGAAAGAGAAGCACUUCCUCGACAUCAACCCGAAGGGUCUCGUCCCCGCGAUCGAGUACAAGGGCAAAGCGCUAUACGAGUCCCUUAUCCUCUGCGAGUUUUUCGAGGACGCCUUCCCGGACCACGCCCCGCAUGUUCUCCCCAAGGAUCCCUUCGAUCGCGCGUACGUCCGCAUCUGGGUCGACCACGUCUCCAAGGUCAUCGUGCCGGGGUUCUUCCGCCUCGUCCAGGCGCAGGAGCCUGAGAAGCGCCAGCAGGCGCUCGAGGAGUACUAUACCGCGCUACUGAAGCUGAGCGAACAGGUGAAAGGGCCGUACUUCCUUGGCGAAGAGUUUACGCUCGUAGACGUUGCACUCGCGCCGUGGGCUGUGCGCGACUAUAUCCUGGCGGAGAACCGGGGCUACUCGAGGGACGCGGUAGGCAAGGGAUGGAAAGAGUACGCGCACCAGCUGGAGACGAGGGACAGCGUAGUGAGGACGUGCAGUGAGCAUUACGCGGAGAUAUAUGGGCGAUACUUGCGCGACGAGGCGCAAAGCGAGCAAGCGAAGGCGACGAGGGAUGGAAGAACUUUCUGA